AUGGUCUCCGAGGAGGAGGAGGAGGAUGGCGACGCCGAGGAGACCCAGGAUUCCGAGGACGACGAGGAAGAUGAGAUGGAGGAGGACGACGAUGACUCCGAUUAUCCGGAGGAGAUGGAAGACGACGACGACGACGCCAGUUACUGCACGGAAAGCAGCUUCAGGAGCCAUAGCACCUACAGCAGCACGCCAGGUAGGCGGAAACCAAGAAUACAUCGACCCCGUUCUCCAAUAUUAGAAGAAAAAGACAUCCCGCCCCUUGAAUUCCCCAAGUCCUCUGAGGAUUUAAUGGUGCCUAAUGAGCAUAUAAUGAAUGUUAUUGCCAUUUACGAGGUACUGCGGAACUUUGGCACUGUCUUAAGAUUGUCUCCUUUUCGCUUUGAGGACUUCUGUGCAGCUCUGGUAAGUCAAGAGCAGUGCACGCUUAUGGCGGAGAUGCACGUUGUGCUUUUGAAAGCAGUCUUGCGUGAAGAAGACACUUCCAAUACUACCUUUGGACCUGCUGAUCUGAAAGACAGCGUUAAUUCCACACUGUAUUUCAUAGACGGGAUGACGUGGCCAGAGGUGCUGCGUGUGUACUGCGAGAGUGACGAGGAGUACCAUCACGUUCUUCCUUACCAGGAAGCGGAGGACUAUCCUUACGGGCCGGUGGAGAACAAGAUCAAAGUUCUGCAGUUCUUGGUCGAUCAGUUCCUCACAACAAAUAUUGCUCGUGAGGAACUGAUGUCUGAAGGGGUGAUCCAGUAUGAUGACCAUUGUAGGGUUUGUCACAAACUUGGGGAUUUGCUUUGCUGUGAGACAUGUUCCGCAGUGUACCACUUGGAAUGUGUGAAGCCACCUCUUGAGGAGGUACCAGAGGAUGAAUGGCAGUGUGAAGUCUGCGUAGCACAUAAGGUGCCUGGGGUGACUGACUGUGUUGCUGAAAUCCAAAAAAAUAAACCAUAUAUUCGACACGAACCUAUUGGAUAUGACCGAAGUCGGAGGAAAUACUGGUUCUUAAACCGAAGACUCAUAAUAGAAGAAGAUACAGAAAAUGAAAAUGAAAAGAAAAUUUGGUACUAUAGCACAAAGGUCCAGCUUGCAGAAUUAAUUGAGUGUCUAGACAAAGAUUACUGGGAAGCAGAACUUUGCAAAAUUCUAGAAGAAAUGCGUGAAGAAAUCCAUCGGCACAUGGACAUAACCGAAGACCUGACCAACAAGGCUCGGGGCAGUAACAAAUCCUUUCUGGCUGCAGCGAAUGAAGAAAUUUUGGAAUCCAUAAGAGCCAAAAAAGGAGAGAUCGAUCCUGCGAGAAGCCCUGAGGAAAUAGACAAGGACAAGAGUGAGACUGAGAAUAUUGAUUCCAGAGAUUCUGAGAAAAGCAGAGAGGAGUUUGAAGACCAGACCCUUGAAAAAGACAAUGAUGACCAAACACCAGAUGAUGACCCCGAACAAGGAAAAUCUGAGGUGGGUGAGUACAAAUCAGAGAAGUCUAAUGGCGAAAGAAGUGAGUCUCCCGGAGCUGGAAGAGGCGGAUCUGGUUCAACGCGAAUUAUCACCAGAUUACGGAACCCAGACAGCAAGCUGAGCCAACUGAAAAGCCAGCAGGUGGCAGCUGCAGCCCAUGAAGCAAAUAAAUUAUUUAAAGAAGGCAAAGAGGUUCUGGUAGUUAAUUCUCAAGGAGAAAUUUCACGGUUGAGCACCAAAAAGGAUGUUGUCAUGAAAGGAAAUAUCAACAAUUACUUUAAAUUGGGUCAAGAAGGGAAGUAUCGAGUCUAUCACAAUCAGUACUCCACCAACUCGUUUGCACUGAAUAAGCACCAGCACAGAGAAGAUCAUGAUAAGAGAAGGCACCUCGCACAUAAAUUCUGUCUGACUCCAGCAGGAGAGUUCAAAUGGAAUGGUUCUGUCCAUGGGUCCAAAGUUCUUACCAUAUCUACUCUGAGACUGACUAUCACCCAACUAGAAAACAAUAUCCCUUCAUCCUUUCUUCAUCCUAAUUGGGCUUCACACAGGGCAAAUUGGAUCAAGGCAGUUCAGAUGUGUAGCAAACCCAGAGAAUUUGCAUUAGCUUUGGCUAUUUUGGAAUGUGCAGUUAAACCAGUUGUGAUGCUACCAAUAUGGCGGGAAUCUUUAGGACAUACCAGGUUACAUAGGAUGACGUCAAUCGAAAGGGAAGAAAAAGAGAAAGUUAAAAAAAAAGAGAAAAAACAAGAAGAGGAAGAAACAAUGCAACAAGCUACAUGGGUGAAAUACACAUUUCCAGUCAAACAUCAGGUUUGGAAACAAAAAGGAGAGGAAUACAGAGUGACAGGAUAUGGUGGUUGGAGCUGGAUUAGUAAAACUCAUGUUUAUAGAUUUGUGCCUAAAUUGCCAGGCAAUACUAAUGUGAAUUACAGAAAGUCAUUAGAAGAAACCAAAAAUAAUAUGGAUGAAAAUAUGGAUGAAUCAGAGAAAAGAAAAAGUCCACGAAGUCCAAAAAAAGUGAAAGCAGAGCUUGAUUCCGAGAAAGGGGAGAUAAAGGAUCCCAAUGCUGCAAAAGGGGUAGACCAACGUGAAGUGAACAGUUCACAGGUUACCGAGAAGGACCAAGAUUUAAAAGAACUUUUAGAUUCUGAUAAUGAUAAAUCCUUCAAGGAGGAACCAAUGGAAGUCGAUGAUGAUGUGGAAACAGAGUCACAGAUGAGUUGCCAGGGAAGUCCUCAAGUAGACGUGGUCAAUGUCAGUGAGGGUUUUCACCUAAGGACUAGUUAUAAAAAGAAAAUAAAAUCAUCCAAAUUAGAUGGACUUCUUGAAAGACGAAUUAAACAGUUUACACUGGAAGAGAAGCAGCGCCUAGAAAAGAUGAGGAUGGAGAGUGGAAUUAAGGGUGCAGGGAAGACCAGUUCUUUGAAAAGCCUGUCUGAGUCUCCACUGGUAACAAAAGUAAAAGAGGAGUGUGACUUGCUUAGACAAGAGCAAAGCCCUAAUGCAAGUAAUGAUCAAUCGGAAGGUUGGAUUCAAGGGUGCUCACAAGGUGAUUCCUCAGUUCUUGGAAUCAGUGAUUCUGACCAUACCACAAACAAGCUUUAUUCAAAAGAUCAAGCCUUUGAUGAGAUCUCCAUUCAGAGCCCAGAGGCAAACUGUCAGAAACAGAAUUCUAUUGGAGAUGACAUAGAUGAGAGUCUCUCUGAACCCACUAGUAAAGGCCAGGAAUCCAGUACUGUUAGAACAAAAGGAAGUGACUUUCUCAUGGAUGAUUCCAGACUAUCCAGUGCAAAUGAGAUUGGUACUUUGAUCUAUAAGAACAAAAAAACACUGCUGCAGGAGGAUGAUGACACCAUUGUUUCUCCUGAGAGCUCUUUACUUCCAUCAGUACCUAAACGCAUUGGUGACAGAAAUGCCCCAUCUCUGGCAAAAGCAAUGGACUUCGAAGGAAAACUGGGAUGUGACUCUGAAUAUAAUAGCACUUUGGAAAAUAGUUCUGACACUAUGUCUAUUCAAGACAGCAGUGAAGAAGAUAUGAUUGUUCAGAAUAGCAAUGAAAGUAUUUCUGAACAAUUCAUAACUCAAGAACAAAGUUUUGGAGACUCAGAGCCAUUGAAACAUGAGUUUGUUUCAGAUAAGUCCCCUGGAAACUAUGAUGACAGGCUAUGUGCUAAGGUGUCUGAAGCAAAUGGUAAAAAAACAAGUCAAGAACGAAAGUUAGAGGAGAGACCCGUUAAUAAAUGUAUUGAUCAAAUAAGUUUAAAAAAUGUCACUGACAGAAGGAAUAAUGAAAACCGAGAAUCUGAAAAGAAAGGACAGAAAGCAAGUACAUUUCAAAUAAAUGGAAAAGAUAAUAAACCCAAAGUUUAUUUGAAAAGUGAAUGCUUGAAAGAAAUCUCAGAGAGUCAGGUAGUAAGUGGUGAUGUUGAACCAAAGGUUAAUAAUAAACUAAUUCCUGAAAAUGAUACUAAAUCAUUGACUGUUAAGGAAUCUGCUGUAAAGCCAUUUAUGAAUGGUGAUGUCAUCAUGGAAGAGUUCAAUGAUAAAAACAACUUGGGGACAAGACCCUGUUUACUGAGUUCUUCAGAUGUAGAGGGUAACUACCAAGGUAGCCUUGCGACUCCACCAUCCACCAAAGAGUCCAAGAGUGCACAGACUACCACGCCUCUGCCCUCUCGUCCAGGAAGAAGCGCAGUGCAUCAGGUAGAAGAGAUGGAAAUUGAAACCUCAGAAGUUAAAAAAGGUACUCCGUCACCUGUUACUUCUGGAGAGGAGUCUAACCUCAGCAGCGAUUUUAUUGAUGAAAAUGGUCUGCCUAGCAGCAGAAGUGAAAAUGUCAAUGGAGAAGUUAAAAGAAAAACAGUCAUCACUGAAGUUACCACAAUGACGUCAACCAUGGCCACAGAAUCAAAAACUGUGAUUAAGGUAGCAAAAGGUGAUAAGCAGACUGUAGUCUCUUCCACAGAAAAUUGUGCCAAGUCCACCGUGACAACCACCACCACGACAGUAACAAAGCUUUCCACAGCAUCCGCGAGCGGCAGCGCGGACAUCGUCUCUGUGAAGGAGCAGAGCAGAACUGUGGUCACCACGACGGUGACAGAUUCGCUGACCACCCCCGGAGGCACUUUGGUAACAUCUAUGACUGUUAGCAAAGAAUAUUCCACAAGAGACAAAGUGAAAUUGAUGAAAUUUUCAAGACCCAAGAAGACACGCUCAGGGACAGCUCUGCCGUCCUAUCGAAAAUUUGUUACUAAAAGCAGCAAGAAGAGCAUAUUUGUGUUGCCUAAUGAUGACUUAAAAAAGUUGGCCAGAAAAGGAGGGAUCCGAGAAGUCCCUUACUUUAAUUACAAUGCAAAACCUGCCUUGGAUAUAUGGCCAUAUCCUUCUCCCAGACCGACCUUUGGUAUCACGUGGAGGUAUAGACUUCAGACCGUAAAGUCCUUAGCUGGAGUGAGCCUUAUGUUACGGUUACUGUGGGCAAGUUUGCGAUGGGAUGACAUGGCAGCCAAGGCUCCUCCAGGGGGCGGGACUACACGGACAGAAACAUCUGAAACUGAAAUCACAACAACAGAAAUCAUUAAGAGGCGAGACGUUGGUCCCUAUGGCAUUCGAUCUGAGUAUUGUAUCAGGAAAAUCAUGUGCCCCAUCGGUGUUCCAGAAGCACCGAAAGAAACACCUACACCUCAGAGGAAAGGCCUUCGAUCAAGUGCAUUGCGGCCAAAAAGACCAGAAACGCCCAAGCAAACUGGUCCUGUUAUUAUUGAAACCUGGGUAGCAGAAGAAGAGUUGGAAUUGUGGGAGAUCAGGGCAUUUGCUGAGAGAGUGGAGAAAGAAAAGGCACAGGCAGUUGAGCAACAGGCUAAGAAACGAUUGGAGCAGCAGAAGCCUACAGUGAUUGCAGCUUCUACCACUUCCCCAACGAACAGUACAACCAGCACCAUCUCUUCAGCACAGAAAGUGAUGGUGGCCCCCAUCAGUGGCUCAGUUGCCUCUGGGGCUAAAAUGGUACUGACUACUAAAGUUGGAUCUCCAGCUACAGUAACAUUCCAGCAAAACAAGAACUUCCACCAGACCUUUGCCACGUGGGUUAAGCAAGGCCAGUCCAAUUCAGGUGUUGUUCAAGUACAGCAGAAAGUCCUGGGUAUCAUUCCAUCUAGUGCAGGUACAAGUCAGCAAACGUUUACUUCAUUCCAACCCAGGACAGCGACUGUCACCAUUAGGCCCAACACCUCAGCCUCUGGAGGAACCACCAGCACCUCACAAGUAAUCACAGGGCCUCAAAUCCGCCCUGGUAUGACAGUGAUUAGAGCACCACUUCAACAGUCGCCGCUAGGAAAGGCAAUCAUUCGAACACCCGUGAUGGUACAGCCAGGUGCUCCUCAGCAGGUGGUGACACAGAUCAUCAGAGGGCAGCCCGUCUCAACCGCAAUCUCUGCCCCUAAUGCUGUCUCCUCAGCACCUGGGCAGAAAGGACUGACACCAGGCACAGCCACUGCCAACCUACCGGCGCCAACCUCACAGCCGCCCCGCCCUCAACAAGGACAGGUGAAGCUUACUAUGGCUCAGCUCACUCAGUUGACACAGGGCCACGGUGGCAAUCAAGGUUUGACAGUAGUGAUUCAAGGGCAAGGCCAGACCACUGGGCAGUUGCAGUUGAUACCUCAAGGGGUAGCUGUGCUCCCAGGCCCAGGACAGCAGCUCAUGCAAGCUGCAAUGCCGAACGGGACUGUUCAGCGGUUCCUCUUUACCCCCUUGGCAACGACGGCCACGGCCGCCAGCACCACGACCAGCACCGUCUCCACUGCAGCAGCAGGUACAGGUGAACAAAAACAGAGUAAAUUGUCACCCCAGGCACAGGUGCAACAGGCCAAAACCCUCCCACCUGCUCAGUCAUCCAGCGUGAGUCCAGAAGGGCCGCCACCGACUGCUCAGUCUUCUGCUCAGCCCCAGGCCCCAACCCAGCCCCCGUCCCCAGCUCAGCCUGAAGUUCAGACUCAGCCUGAAGUUCAGACCCAAACAACCGUUUCAUCCCAUGUUCCUUCCGAAGCACAACCCAUCCAAACACAGUCAUCCAAACCCCAAGUUGCAGUACAGUCUCAGCCUCAGAGUAAUGUCCAAGGACAGUCUCCUGUUCGUGUCCAAAGUCCACCACAGACUCGAAUACGUCCAUCAACUCCAUCCCAAGUGUCUCCUGGACAGCAGUCCCAGGUUCAGACUACAGCCUCACAGCCGAUUCCAAUUCAGCCACAUACUUCUCUUCCGAUACCUUCCCAAGGCCAGCCACAAUCACAACCCCAGGUACAGUCUUCAACUCAAACUCUUUCAUCAGGACAAACGUUAAAUCAAGUUACUGUUUCAUCCCCAUCCCGUCCUCAGCUACAAAUACAGCAGCCACAGCCCCAAGUCAUUGCUGUGCCUCAGCUGCAACAACAAGUCCAGGUUGUGGCUCAGAUACAGGCUCAGCAAGGUGGUGUGCCCCAGCAAAUCAGACUCCAGUUACCCAUUCAGAUGCAGCAAAGCAGGCCUGUGCAGACUCACCACAUUCAGAAUGUGGUUACAGUGCAGGCAGCCAGUGUGCAAGAGCAGUUGCAAAGGGUUCAGCAACUCAGGGAUCAGCAGCAAAAGAAGAAACAGCAACAGAUAGAAAUUAAGCGUGAACACACCCUCCAAGCUUCUAAUCAAAGUGAAAUCAUUCAGAAACAGGUGGUGAUGAAACAUAAUGCUGUAAUCGAGCAUUUAAAACAGAAAAAGACCAUGACUCCAGCUGAAAGAGAGGAGAAUCAAAGAAUGAUUGUCUGUAACCAGGUGAUGAAGUAUAUUUUGGAUAAGAUCGAUAAAGAAGAAAAGCAGGCAGCGAAAAAACGGAAGCGUGAAGAAAGUGUGGAACAAAAACGGAGCAAGCAGAACGCGACCAAGCUCUCGGCCCUGCUUUUCAAACACAAAGAGCAGCUGAAAGCUGAGAUUCUGAAAAAGAGAGCGCUCCUGGACAAGGAGCUGCAGCUGGAAGUGCAGGAAGAGCUAAAGAAAGACCUUAAACUUAAGAAAGAAAGAGACCUGGCGCAGGCUGCCACAGUGGCUGCAGGACCCCCGGGGUCUGCAGCCCCUCCAGCCCCUCCACCGUCACCUCCAGCCGCCCCACAGCACCCAGGCCUCCUGUCCACACCCACGCUACCUGUGGUUUCCCAGAAGAGGAAGCGGGAAGAGGACAGAGACUCCAGCUCCAAGUCCAAGAAGAAGAAAAUGAUCUCUACUACCUCAAAGGAAACCAAGAAGGACACAAAGCUUUACUGUAUCUGUAAAACGCCUUAUGAUGAGUCUAAAUUUUAUAUUGGCUGCGAUCGGUGUCAGAAUUGGUACCACGGGCGCUGCGUUGGCAUCUUACAAAGUGAGGCAGAGCUCAUUGAUGAGUAUGUCUGUCCACAGUGCCAGUCAACAGAGGACGCCAUGACAGUGCUCACACCGCUGACGGAGAAAGAUUACGAGGGGCUGAAGAGGGUGCUGCGCUCCUUACAGGCCCAUAAGAUGGCCUGGCCUUUCCUUGAACCAGUAGAUCCCAACGAUGCCCCAGAUUAUUAUGGUGUGAUUAAGGAACCCAUGGACCUUGCCACCAUGGAAGAGAGAGUACAAAGACGAUAUUAUGAAAGGUUGACGGAAUUUGUGGCGGAUAUGACCAAAAUUUUUGAUAACUGCCGUUACUACAAUCCAAGUGACUCCCCUUUUUACCAGUGUGCAGAAGUUCUUGAAUCAUUCUUUGUACAGAAAUUAAAAGGAUUCAAAGCUAGCAGGUCUCAUAACAACAAACUCCAGUCCUCAGCUUCUUAA